CCUGUGUAUGCUCCCUCUGUUUCCGACGACGAAGAUGAGGAGAUUGUUCGGCAGGUUGCGCAGACUUCAAUACAAGGCUCUCAGUCUGUCGUAAUACGUGCCGCCGUACCGUCGUAUGGUCAGAGGAAGGGAUGGAAGCCGACGUCUAUGGAGGACUUCGGUGAUGGUGGGGCGUACCCUGAGUGUCAUGUCGCACAAUAUCCUUUGGACAUGGGCAAGAAGAAAACUGCGGCUGGGAACACCCUUGCGCUCCAAGUUGACUCAGAAGGCAAUGUCCGUUACGACGCUAUCGCGAAGCAGGGUCAGCGAGCAGGCAAGAUUGUCCAGUCCCAGUUCAAGGAUCUCGUUCCCCUUGCGCAUCGUAACGACUUGGACGAUGCUAGCCGUGCUAUGGAACGGCCCACUGAGGACGAAGUCCAGGCGACCGCCGACAAGACUCGCGCCGCUCUCGAAAAGCUGGUGAACGGCAAGAUCAAAGCAGCACAGCCCAAGAACGUACCCGACGCUCAGGGCAAGACUACAUACAUACGGUACACGCCUGGGCAGCAGAAUGGGUCGGACGGCCUGAAGCAGCGUAUCAUCAAGAUGACAGAGGUUGUCGAGGAUCCUCUGGAGCCCCCGCGGUUCAAGCACAAAAAGAUUCCUAGAGGCCCACCGAGUCCGCCACCACCUGUUCUGCGUAGUCCGCCACGCAAAGCGACUGCACAGGAGCAGAAGGAGUGGAUGAUCCCGCCAUGUAUCUCGAAUUGGAAGAACAACAAGGGUUAUACCAUCCCUCUCGACAAGCGUCUGGCCGCGGACGGCCGCGGUCUCCAAGAUGUUUCCAUCAACGACAACUUCGCGAAAUUUUCGGAGGCGCUCUUCAUAGCGGACAGGCAUGCUCGCGAAGAGGUCAGGCAGCGUGCACUCAUGCAACAGAAACUCGCGGAGAAGGAGAAGGCAGCCAAGGAAGAGAACCUUCGUAUGCUUGCCCAGCGGGCGCGCGAGGAGCGUGCCGGCAUUUCGGCAGCUCGGCCAGCAACGGACAACAAGCCAGUCGCAGAACGCGCAGCUGCGAUGAAAUCCUCAUUGGGUGCGUAUGGCAGCGGAAGUGAGAGCGAAUCGGAGCCAGAGGAAGAGGAGGACGAGGAGGCUGCGCAGAUCCGUGACAAAAUGCGGGAAGAGAAGCGCCAUGAGAGGGAACGGGAGUUACGCAUGUCGAACAUGGGCCAAGAGCAGCGCGCGAAGAUGCUGGCGCGUCAGCAGAACCGCGACAUUUCGGAGAAGAUUGCACUUGGCCUGGCCAAGCCUACUAUGUCAAAGGAGUCAAUGCUCGACUCGCGGCUGUUCAACCAGGAGUCACUGUCUGGUACGUUUGCCGAUGACGAGGCGUACACCCUCUACGACCGCCCGCUUUUCCACGGAUCAACUGCCGCCGCAGCUAUUUACAAAGCGCGUGGUAACAUCUCCGAGGGCAACGACGAAUCAUUCGGCGGCGGCACGGAAGAAGGCAUCGGCAAGGCCCUGGACAACGACCGGUUUGGCCUCGGCCGGGCCAAGGUAGGGUUCGAGGGCGCGAGCGAACAAGAGGUCAGAGAAGGACCGGUCCAAUUUGAGAAAGACACGGGCGACGUGUUCGGAUUGGACAAGUUUUUAGAUGAGGCCAAGAGCGGUAGGAAACGGGGCCUCGAUACCGAAGUGGGUGGCUCGCGGAAACGACAGCAAAUGGACCGCGCUGCAGAACGCGAAUCCUGAAAACUUUCUUGCCCCAUAUGAUGUUUUUCCGUCUCAUGUCACCGCGCUCCGUUUCCCUUGCUGUACACUUUGGUCUCCGCCACACGUCUUCCACGUCACGUCUACUAUGUACAGUAAUAUACGCGUAUAUCGGACCACUUGUGCAC